AUGUCCGCUCCUGACGCUCGACAUCUCAAGGCCUGCAGGCCGUGCUCCAAAGCCAAGGUCCGCUGCGACCCCGGUCCGACCGAUGCUUGCCAAAGUAGUGACGUCGGACGACUAGAAAAGAAGCUUGAUGAUGUAACUUCACUACUCACGGCCUCUCAAAGGUACAUAGAAAGCAUCGGCGGCAACAAUCCUAGUCCAUUGUCUGCCACUGAUAGUGGUUUGGUCAUUCCUCCUGUAUUAGAUGAGGAUGUGGAGAAAAUGCUCGCAGAUUUCAUUGAGCGUAUCACAAGGUUUCUUCCUUUUGUGAUACGCUCGCCUCGCAUAGGUCUUGAUGAUUUACGCACCAUUAAGCCAUUCCUGAACUUAGUUAUUCCAGCGGUUGUCUGUCAAGGUGGAUCUGCACAGGCGGCUCAUUCGAUCAGAGCUAGAGAUUACUGGAUGGAGCAUAUGCUAGCUAGCGGGGAGCAUAGCUUGGAUCUACUUCAGGGAUUCCUUGCGUACCUUGGCUGGACCCAGACCAUGGUGCCUGCGCCGCGUUCGACGAUGAUCAAUAACUAUCUCCAUAUCCUAGAGGCGCAGGUGAUCAACCUCGAUUUCCACCGGGAGAAUAAAAUGUGUACUCCGGGCACGGUAUUCUCCUACCUCCGGGUCUUCAAUUAUGAUGAACGCAUGCGCAGUUCCCGCACCUUAGAGGAACUGAGAGCUUACCUUGGAUGCUACUAUAUGGUCAAUAUAAUUCAGGAAGCAGCCGAAUGUGAAACCGACCCAUACCUCCUUCAACUAGUCCGUAUAGCCCACCUGGGGGAGAAAAUUUAUCGCGCUGUCCAGUACCACGAAAAGGACAUUCCUACCGGCCUAGCACCAAAAACCAUGGCAAUACGCUGGCUACAGAAAGAACUUCAGCAACUCAAAGAUUUAUAUUCGGGUGAUUUCAUUCAAUCUCAGAUACUUCUAUACCGCACAGCCCUAGAGCGCGACUUCGGAGACGCAACCUUCAACAACUAUCCUCUAACCCAAAUCGACGUCCUGUGCGCCUGUCUAAACGCCACACGAUCUCUAUUUGACACCCUCCUCUCCAUCCCACCCAUACUCUACCUCCAACUCCCAUACACCUGCUGGACGCAAAUCGGCCACGGGCUCGCCAUCCUCUCCCGCCUCCUCGUUCACAAUGACCCCACGGGCUGCUGGGACCGCGAGUGGGCCCGGCAGACAAUAAGCUUCGAAGACACCGUCGAUACUUUCUCGAUGAAAGUCGAUGAAGCUGUUGCGCAGGCAUUGGCUGAGCAUAUGCAUGUCCCACCUAUCUUCAACCACAUUAAAGCUAGGACGAUCAUGUGGAAAGAGGCGCAUCAGGCGCGUUGCGCUACUAUGGAUAGAUGGAGGUGGAAUCAGGAGCAGGCCCAGAUGGCGGCUUCUUCUGGGGGUGGUGUUGGAGUUAAUGUGGAUGGAGUGGGCUCCGACGUCAGUAUGGAGGAUUUGUUGGCUAUGGGGCCGAUUUGGAAUUUGUUUAGUUUGUAG